GUCUUAUAAAAAUUCUUGAUAUCAACACGAGAUUUCAUCAUUUUAAUUAUAAACGGAAUAAUACUUUAGUUUUCAAAUAAUGGAGGUUCACAAAUAUAGGCACGAAGUUCUUGAUAAAUAUAUGAGUGAAAUUGGAUCGAGGGUUGUAGCGGAAUCUGGUAUACCUAGUGAUCGGUAUCAUUUUGGAAAACUUGUUCUACAGGGACUGAAGAGUGAUCCCGAUUUCCUUAUGCAGAUUGACGGUGGAACUGGUGAAUCAGAGACGAAUGCCUCAGGAUUGCGAAGGAGUAUAAGAUGCGCGUCCUGCUUUAAGAAGUUGGGCCUAAAAGUCGGUGACGUCAUCAUCCUCAUGGGAGCUAACAACAUUGAUCAGGCUAUACCGUUCUAUGCCGCGCUUUUUGAAGGCAUUAUAACCUCCGGUAUUGAUAGAACUUUGGGUGUCAAUGAAUUAAAAGGCGUUUUCAGCAACAACAAGCCAAAACUCAUUUUCUGCCAAGGAGACAAAGUGCAGGACGCUAAGAAAGCGCUAGAGCUGGCAGGUGGUGAGGGGAGAGUCAUCAGUUAUGACAGGAGUCCUGAUACCAUCAGCUUUUCUGAUAUGUUGGAGAAAUACGGAGAAGAUGUCGAUGUACAAAAAUAUAGGGCUGCUGACUUUGAUUCGGAAGAAACAAUAGCUCUUAUUGUAUCUACAAGUGGUUCGACAGGAUUACCUAAAUCUGCUAUGCUAACACAUAAGAACAUAACUUUAUCGACCCCCUUCUUUGGAUGUUUCGGUACAAAGUUUCCGAGGGUAACGAAGUCUGGUCUUGUUCUAUCUCCAAUACAGUGGGGAUCAGCCCUUCUUCACUACCUACUUGCUCCUGUAUUCCAGUACACUAGAAUACAGUCAUCAAAAGAGCUUACUACGGACCAUAUUAUAGAAUUGAUUAACAAAUACAAGCCAACAUUUCUCACAACUAGUCCGCCUUUGAUGAUCAGCUUGCUCCAAGAAUCUGAAACGAAACCGUGCGACUUCUCAGGUUUUGAUGCUAUACUCCUCAGUGGAAGUGCUGUACCAGAUCAUGUUAUGCCAAUACUACGCAGUCGGGCACCGAAUACGAAACUUGGAAACGCAUAUGGCAUGAGCGAAUUUGCAGGAAUUGUUUUCUAUCCUUUUGGCGCACCAAAUGGAAGUUCCGGUAAAGCGGCUGCGCAUGUACAGCAUAAGCUAAUGAAUGUGGAAACCGGCGAGGAAGUGAAGGAACCUCACAAGGCUGGAGAGUUGUGGGUGAAACCUCCCGGUGGUUUCAAGGGCUAUUACAAUCACCCAGCAGAUACAGCUGCAGCUGUUACAGCCGACGGGUGGUGCAAGAGCGGAGACCUUUUCUACAGAGAUGAAAACUGGAACUAUUUCUUUGUUGAUCGUCUGAAGCUUUUGCUGAAGUAUAGAAAUCACCAGAUAUCGCCAGUGGAGCUAGAGGCUGUGAUUUACAAGCUGCCAGGAGUUGCGAAUGUGGCGGUGUCGGGAGUACCAGACGCUGAAUGUGGGGAGCUUCCAGUGGCCUUCGUGGUGCCCAGACCAGGAGCUGAUAUCACUGAGAAAGACGUUGAGGAUAUUGUCAAAGAGAACCUCACCGACAGCAAGUUGCUGCGAGGUGGGGUAGUGUUUGUGACGUCACUUCCUGCACUGCCAUCAACUAAAAUAGACAGGAGGAAAAUAAAACUAAUGGCAAAAGAACUCGCGAAGAAGUAGAAAUAAUAAUAAUAAAAUUUGUAAUUGUGUAGCUAGAAUAUUAUUAAAUACCAAUAAUGUUUAUAAUAUAACAUUGUUUUUUUAUUUACCGGAACCUUGCUUUACAUAAACUGAAGAAAAUAA